CGCCGUUUUCCACCCAACGCGUUGCUGGACGCCCUGUCACUACUGUCGCGGAACUCGAGUAGGAAGCUGUGCAAGCCAGUAGACUGUCUGCUUUCAUUCCUAAAUGAAGUAACAGGCGGAAAAGAGCUUCAGUUUGUGGAGUGAAAGCCACUGAAAAUGGACAGUGUGCAUCGCUUGUUUGUGCUUGCCGUAAUCAUAGGCUGGGCGCUGACAGCCGUGGAGGCGAAUAAGCACAAAAGGGCACAGGAGGAACAGGACAACCCGACAGAUCAAGUUGUCAAGAACAAAUGCUGGCUGAAACCCGACCACCGACACUGCUCGGAUUAUGUGCCCCGCUGGUACUACGACACAACUUACCUUCUCUGCAAGCAGUACCUUUACGGCGGCUGCGGUGGAAAAGAUGCUAACGCAUUUAAGACCCACGACGAGUGCAUGAGGUACUGCACGUUCGAGGUUCCUGAAGUAGAAGGAAUGUCCGGAGGCAAAGGUGGUCAGCAGCGAGACACCAAUCGUGGCUAAGGCACGGACUUCAAGCUCGGGCUGCAGUUUGUGUCUAACGAUAAAGAUGUUAAGCUUUUUGUUGGUGCAUAAUGAAUAAUUUAUUCUGGCUCCAAUAUAUAUAUAUAUAUA